AUGUCAGGCGAUAUAUAUCCGAGAUCAAAUGAAAAACCAUUAGGAAUCCAAGACGGUCGUGGUUCACUGGAGGACAGCGAUUCGAGUGGAACAUUGAGUCUUCAUACUCCACAAGCAAAGAGCGUCUCCGCAAAACUAGCAUGUGAUAGUCCUACAAAGGAAGGAAAAAGAUUAAUAUGGAGGGACAUAUAUGCAGAAAUCCCACCACAAAGCACAUUUCUUGGGUUUCAUCGGAACGAUCUUGGGAGUUCGACCAGGGUGGUCCUCGAUCAAGUUUCUGGAUUUGCUGAACCUGGGCAAGUAACAUUUAUAAUGGGACCAAGUGGAGCAGGAAAAUCAACUCUUCUUAACAUUCUUACGCAAAAGAAAAUGCGUGGAAUGCGUAUCUACGGUGAAGUUGCUAUAAAUAACUUCCUCCUUGAAAUUGGAGAUAUUAAAAGAUACAGUGCAUAUGUGCAGCAGGAUGACCUAUUCAUUUCUGACGUGACCGUUCAGGAGCAUUUGAUGUUUGCGGCCCGCCUACGAUUGCCUUCAAUUAUGUCAGAAGCCAUGCGUAAGGAGAUAGUAGAAGACAUCAUCACAGAAAUGGGGCUAGCGAGUUGUCGAAACACAAAAAUUGGUAGCGAUUCCACAAAGAGCAUUUCGAAGGGCGAAAAAAAGCGAUUAUCAUUUGCUUCAGAGAUUUUAACCAAUCCAUCAAUCCUAUUUUGCGAUGAGCCAACAUCUGGACUUGACUCGUUCAUGGCUCUGCAGGUUGCCGCUGCUCUGAAGUUGUUAGCAUCCAGAGGCAAGACCGUCAUCACUACGAUACAUCAGCCUUCUAGCCAGGUUUAUGAACUCGCUGACAGGUUAAUUCUAAUGUCACAAGGUCAAGUAGCUUAUCAAGGAGUUGCUGCCGAAGUUGGAGAAUUUUUCACAAAAUGCUCAUAUCCUCGCCCUAUAUACACAAGCUUACCCGAUCACUUCAUGAAGAUUUUGUCCAGAAACGAGAAUGAAACAGAUCAAGAUUACUAUAAGAGAGCUGAGACUAUUAUCGAAGCUUUCGAAAUAUCUGAUGCAGCCAAACAUGCGCAUUAUGUGACGCAUGUUAUGACUUCCUCCAGUAGAAGAAGAAUCAAGUAUAAUUCUGGAGUGGGAAAAGGGUAUGCUGUAUCUUGGUUCGUUCAAACGUGGUGGUUAUUCGUGCGAUCAUUCCGCUCCAUAAUUAGAAAUCCUAUCGUACUUCGUGUUCGACUUAUCCAUAUAUGCGCUAUCUCUAUGAUACUUGGUUGCAUAUAUUUUGAUAGCCGUCUCACCGAAAGCACCCUGAUGAAUUACAAAGGGGCUGCAUUACGUGCCGGAACCGAUAUGAUAUAUAUGUUCCUAUUUCCGUGUAUUUUUGUUUUCGUAGCCGAACUACCCGUUGUAAUCCGAGAAUAUCAAUCCAAUAUUUAUUCUCCAAGCGCUUAUUUUAUUGCAACUAAUGCUGCAGAUGCUAUUCAGUACAUUGUUUUUCCCACAGCGUACUCUAUAAUUCUCUAUUCACUUGCUGGGUAUUCCCGUUCAUUCCAACAAUACCUUGAGUUUAACUUCGUAAAUAUAAUUGUGGCCACUCUUUCCGCAUCUUUGGGAUAUGCUGCUGCUUGUAUAUGUGGGUCAAAAUCGAUUGCUGUCACUUACGUUCCUAUAGUUGUCAGUCCACUUUUUGUAUUUGCGGGUCUCUAUAUCGAUCUGAGGACUAUUCCUUUUUAUUUUCAAAUAUUCCCUCACAUUUCCUGGUUCAAAUAUGCUUAUGAAGCACACCUUAUUGUUCUACUAACUCCUAUUGAGGAAAUUGAAGGUUGCCAAACGAAUAAGACUUACGACUCUACGUCUAUAUGUUCGUCGAACAACGGCCGUGAUCUUCUGAGAUCCCUCGGCUUCUAUCCGGAUUAUUAUUGGGUGAACGUAGUUAUUCUGAUGAUGAUGAUAGUAUUUAUACGUGGUUUAGCUUUACUUGCAUUCAUAAUUAGAGUCAGAAGAAGUUAA